GAAGUGACAGGAAAAUCCUUUGGUUGCAGUGAUUUCCGUGCAGCGUUGGAGAACGGAGUCCUGCUUUGCGACCUCAUCAACCAGUUGAAACCUGGCAUCAUCAAGCGGGUGAACAGGCUCUCCACUCCUAUCGCCGGCCUGGAUAAUGUGAACGUUUUCCUGAAAGCUUGUGGGAAACUUGGCUUAAAUGAGUCUCAGCUGUUUCAUCCCGGCGACCUUCAGGACCUGUCCACUCGAGUGACACUCAGGCGAGAUGAAAGUCAGAGGCGAGUCAAAAAUGUACUGGUCACUGUGUACUGGCUCGGUCGUAAGGCUCAACUAGACCCGUUUUACUCUGGUCCUCAACUGAAUUUUAAGGCCUUUGAGGGGCUUUUAGGUUUGGCUUUGUCCAAGGCUCUAGAAGAUGGCAGUAAUGUGUGUGUGAAAGAUGGUGGAUACAAAGAGUCCCGUUCCUCAGAGGAAGAUCUGUGUCAGGAUGGAAGACAGACUUCAGUCGGGGGGAACUCUGAGGACUGCUUCGAGUCUCUGGACACCCGAGCGCUCCGCCCACAUGAUGAAGCUUGUGGAAGUGACGCUGAAGCCGAGCAGGUGUUCAGGAUGGACAGUCCSAGGCUCUCAGCCCACCAGAGCAAAGGCAGCAUCCCACCAUCGCUUCGACGAAAACAAGGACGGGAGGAGAACCCAGGGGCCGCUGCGAGUCCGCUCCCCAGGAGCAAAUCCCUCAGCGACAUCCCGAUGGUGUACCCUGCGCGUAAGGUUUCAAAUGGAAACCCCAUUUAUAAUAAAGGACAGGACACCGGCCUGUUGAGGGGGUGGAGCCAAGAAAGUGAAAGGAAGCGCAGUAUUGCUGCCAAGGACAGCGAAGCGCAGUGGCAGGAUGUCUUGACAAAGUGGAAGAAUCGCCGCAGGAGUACCAAGACUGAGCUCUACAGGAAGUCCCAGGACAGGGAGCAUGUCAUUAUUCAGGUGGCUGAUGGGGCGGCGCUGAGCUAUGAAGCGCAGGGUGGUCCCAUAAAGAGAUUCUCCAGGGACCAGUCACCAUGGCAGCACAGCACCGCUCCCCGUUUUUCCUCCAACCCCUCUCCAUCAAAACCCUCGAGUUCUGAUCUCAGACCUCACACUCGAGCUCUGCUGGCCCACAGCUGCGCCACAGAGGACCCCGUCGGCUCCAAAACCCACACUCAGGGAUCAGCAGUGGGAGCCAUGCAGACCUCUGCUGGGAUCAUCUUCGAAGAAGAGAAAACCAAUUUUGCAUUUUUAGCUUCAGAUGGAGCAAGAGUCACCACACCUUCUCUGGAUCACCCCUUCACCUCUCAAACCCAAGUCAGAGCCUUCAGCAGCCAGGCUCCACCUGAUCCGGCCCAGCCUCAAAACGCUCCAACAGAUAAAGGCUCCCUUGUUGCUUCGGAAAAUCCAAACAAAUUUCUCCAAUCAACCAGCAGCCUGAACCCUGCUUCAUCCGGGCCACGUCAAGAAAAACCUCCAGUCAACAUMAAUCUGAAAGAGAUGAAUUUUUCUUCAAACCCGGUUAACGAGGCCGGAGCCGACACAACUAAACUUUUGCCCGAUUCGAUCCGCAAAGCUCAGGAAGAAAGCCGCAAACUGGACUGGGGUUCAUCGGUGGACCGCAGAAACCAGCAGGCUUCAGGGAACUCCAAAUACACGUCUAGAACCGUGUCGUGGUCCAGCUCGGCCAGCCUUCCCCGGGGUUUCCGCCGCUCCGAGGGUUCCUCCCGUAUCUCUGCUGCAGUCACAGCCAGACCCUUUGGGAUCAAGCAGUCCAGGAUGUCGUCGGUACCGAGGCGCUACAGCGCUGACAACAAUCAGGUUCUGCUGUUGAGCAGCGAGAAGGAGGAUUCUCCCCUUGCUUCUCCCAAAUCCUCCAUCAGAAGACAGACUGCAGCUGCCAACCUGAGGGAUCAGUACCAGGCGUCGGUCCGACAGAAAAAAUCCAGCCAGGCCAGGCGGGACGGCGCCGAGCAGAGACAGGAAGUGCCCGAGUCGUCCACUCAAACCCAGAUCCUACCUCAGCCUCAUCCAAACCUGCAGACCUACCACAAUAAAAGCUGGAGUCUCCCAUCUAAAGCAGGGAGUGACUACUCAAAGGUUGAUCAUAGUGACAUGAGAGUGAGCCUGACUCUAAAACCCAACAGUGUUCCAGACUUUGGUUUCCAAACUCUCUGGGACUCCACAGGGCUGAGAGUAAAAUUCAUUCAACCUGCCAGUCCAGCGGAGCACUGCCAGCUGCGUGUGGACGAUGAGAUUGUGGCAGUGGACGGCGUCUCCGUGGCACACCUGACCUCCGGCCAGUGGAAGAAUAAAAUGGCCUCUUCCCUGCAGACGGGCAGCCUGACCAUGGACGUUCGACGAUAUGGUAUCAAGGGUAAAUACUGGAGCAACAGUAAAGAGAGUCAUCCCACCCGGCCUGGACAGAACAGGAUGACCCUCAAUCUGACGUCCACAGCCCCGGUUCUGAUGGGCUACCCCGACCACCAUAACAGCGUGGCUUCAACAGACACACAAACAUCUAAAUCUGACUGGCAGAAAGAAAAUAUAACACAAGAAGCCAUGGAUGGGGUUGUUUCUGAGAGCUCUGCUUUAACCAGGAGUAAAGAAUACUGUAGUGUCACUAGGCAGAAUCAGAAAAGGAGAGAAGAUUUUUUCAGUGAGAAAGGAGGCUCAGAAUCUGCCAUAUCAGAUAUCCAGGUGCCCGCCCUGAGCCCCUCCGCCUGCAGCUGGUCGUGGGACCGAGAGGAGGAUCGCAGGCGUCAGGAGAAGUGGCAGGAAGAACAGGAGCGCCUCCUACAGGAGCAGUACCAGAGGGAUCAGGAGAGGUUGGAGGCGGAGUGGAGACAGGCCCAGCAGGAUGCAGCAGAAGGCAGGAAGUUGCAGGAGAACACGCAAGAGGUGACCAGUGGCCCUGAAAGCCUCAGCUCUGGGAUUUACAUGAACGGACUGAUGAAGAAAACCCCAGCAGACGAGCAGAGACCUGGUGAAGAUCUGAAGGAAGUGGUGAUAAAACAGAGUGAUGCUCACAGACCACUGACUGACAGGAUGACUGAAAAUGAUUGGGCUGAGGGCUCCUCUGGCUUCACUCGGCUGUCGCCUGCACACAGGGCACUGUCCUCAUCUACCCCAUCAUUAUCUGGACCCUACAAGCAACCCAAAGGUGAUCAGAGGAGAAGACUGGGACGGUCCAUGUCCAAGGCUGAGCGAGACCGGCAGCAGAUUUUGGAGGAGAUGAAGAAAAGGACCCAGCUUCUGACCGACAACAGCUGGAUACGUCAGCGCAGCAACAGUUUCCACAAGGAGCCAAUCGAUGUUGGUGCCUCCAUAAACAGAUAUGAUUCUCUGGAUAACCUGGAUACAUUGUCCUCAAACUUGGCUGCAACGUUUUCCUACCCUCGCCCUCAUUCGGCUGCCGGAGGCUACGUCGUUCCGAGUAGAAACGCUGCUUCUCGCUACAGCACGGGCUCGAUUCAAAGAAACGAUUCCCCUCACUACGCCAGUGUGUGGGCUGCUACAGACAUCUUGGAGGAACAGAGAUUGGAGUCCAGGUCCAUGUCAGGAACAGGAAGCCCUAUUGUGAGCACUGCUAUUUCCAACUCAAGUCCACAGGUACCAUGUGACCAACACGAUGUUCUCCAGAUCGAAGAGUGAACAGAACGACCAACAGCCUCUGUUAAUGGGAAGUGUGGAAAACUGCACCCCUAAAGCCAAACCAUGACUUGUUUCCUUUUUUUGUGGGUUUAGUUAAAAUGAAAUGUGAUAUAAAAUUAAAACUGUUUGAUCACGACAAAGCAAAUCUUAACAGGUGAAUUUUUUAUUGGGUGGACAAUAUUUAGCUUCAAUUUUUCUUAYUUUGAUCUAGGUUAUGUGGAUAUAUUACGACUUGCAGAAAAGUAGAAACUGUUGAUUCAUGGUAUGUUUUUGAAGUCAUUGUUUAUCACUUCUGUGUGCUAACUUCAGUCUUUACUCAGCAUUGCAUUAAAUAUAUCAGGCUUAUCUUCAGAAGCUCUUAUUGUAAUCCAGAGACAUUUAAAGAUGCACUGAAGCACUUUCUGUUCACUUGGAAAGUCUCAAAGUGCACAUUAGGAUGAGUCAAUGAUAUAUAUCUAUAUAAUGCAUUAUGUUACUAAUAUAGAAAGUGAUUAAUUAAAAUGUUUUGUUGUUUUCUUAUGUAAAUAAAGUGCACUAAAGUAAAUCCAACCGA